AUGUCCUCACUCAAGAACCUUGUGCACAAACUCAAGUCGAACGGCGGCGACGACGACGACGAGACACACACACACGACGCGCUCGACACGCUGCACCACCACGAUGCGUCCGAUGGUCAGCGCGCCAAGGAGAUACUCUCCGUCUUCGAGGCCGCCUUUGGCACGCUGACGCGCGACGACCCGGAUGCCAUGGGUACAAAGUUCCGCAAGAUGGCCGCGUCGGCGUUUGCCUUUUACCGCGGCACGGCAGCCCUGUUCUACCACGACAUGGCCAGGGCGUCCGGGUCUGCGGCGGGCGACAGGUUCCUGAAUGAGCAGACGAGUCACAUCUGGAUGCACGGCGACCUGCACGCCGAGAACUUUGGCACGUACAUGGACGCGCACGGGCACCUCAUCUUUAAUGUGAACGACUUUGACGAGGCGUACGUGGGCCCCUUUACGUGGGACCUCAAGCGCUUCGUGGCCAGCAUCGCGCUCAUCGGGUACUCCAAGGCGCUGAGCGACAGGCAGGUCACCAAGCUGGUGACGUACUACGUUCGAGCCUACCGCGAGAGGAUCGGGGAGCUGGCACGGGGCAAGGAGGACGUCAAGGCGUUCACGCUUCGGAACGCGACGGGACCCGUGCUGGAGGCGCUGCGGUCCGCUCGGCUGCAGAGUCGCGUCGAGCUACUGGACUCGAUGACGGAGAUUCACGAGCACGACCGACGCUUCAUCCGGGGCCAGGGGGGAGCGUUUGAGCUGGAAGAGGCGACGAGGAAGAGCGUCGUGGCCGGGUUCGACCAGUACCUGACGACGCUGCCGACGACGGGCGCCUGGCGACGCGGCAGCGACAACCCCCGGAUCAAGGACGUGGUCGGGCGUCGCGGCAUGGGCAUCGGGUCGGCUGGUCUGCCCAACUACAACAUCCUCCUCGAGGGCCGAAGCGAGGCGCUCGAAAACGACGUGGUCCUGUACGUCAAGCAGUCGCAGCCGGCGGCCGUGGCCAAGCACAUUGAGCACAACGUCGCGCAGGCGCACUUUCACCACGAGGGCCACCGGACGGUCGUGUCGCAACGCGCGCUGCAGGCGCACGCCGACCCGUGGCUGGGCUGGACCGAGAUUGACGGCCAGGGCCACAUGGUGGCCGAGGUCUCGCCGCACGAGGUCGACCUCGAGUGGUCCGACAUUGACCGACCCGGCGAGAUGGCGAGCGUCGUGGCCGACCUCGGGCGCGCGACGGCCAUGAUGCACGGCGCGGGCGACGACGACGCACGCCACUCGGACCUGGUGCCCUUCUCGCCGGAAAAGGUCAUUGACGAGGCCAUCGCUGCAGACGAGCAGGGCUUUGUCGGCAUGCUCGUUGCGUUUGCACGCGACUACAGCACCCAGGUGCGCAAGGACCACCACAUCUUUACGGACCUCUUCCGCAAUGGCGCUAUUCCAGGGCUGCCGGACAGUGAUGAUCUAUAG